AUGACUCAGACUGAAAGACACAAAGAUUUAGAAAACUAUAAGAUUCUUCACCCUUACAUCCUAAAGGUGUUCAGAGUUUUGAUUGCGGAUCUCGUACAGCAAUUCAAUGGUGGACAUCCAGGAGGUGCUAUGGGUAUGGCUGCAAUUGGUGUUGCUUUGUGGAAGUAUGUAUUAAACUUCUCUCCAAACAACCCCGACUACUUUAACAGGGACAGAUUUGUACUUUCGAAUGGACAUGCAUGUUUGUUCCAAUAUGCUUUUCACCAUUUAGUUGGUUACAAGCACAUGACCAUGGACCAGUUGAAAACGUAUCAUUCUACCCACUUGGAGUCUUACUGUCCUGGACAUCCAGAAAAUGAACACCCAGCUAUUGAAGUUACCACUGGAGCCUUGGGACAAGGUGUUUCUAAUGCAGUUGGUUUGGCUAUUGCUAGUAAGAACUUGCAAGCUACUUACAACAAGCCAGGUUAUGAAGUUGUUUCUAACCAUACCUUCUGUAUGGUUGGUGACGCUUGUUUGCAAGAAGGAAUUUCAUUGGAAGCAAUUUCUUUAGCAGGACACUUGGGCUUGAACAAUUUAACAGUAAUUUAUGAUAAUAACCAAGUGACUUGUGACGGCUCAGUUGAUUUAACCAACACUGAAAACAUGAAUGACAAAUUCAAGGCUUGCAAUUGGAAGGUAAUUGAAAUUGAAAAUGGUUCAGAGGAUGUAAUGGCAAUUGUCGCUGCUCUUCAGAAAUCUAAAGAGUCUUCGGAUAAACCUACUUUCAUUAAUGUUCACACUUCCAUUGGUAUCGGUUCCAACAUUGAAGGUCAAGCCAAUGCUCAUGGAGCUUCGUUUGGUGAAGCUGAAGUUGACAGACUUCAUCAGGUCUAUGGCUUCGAUCCAAAAAACCGUAUUCAUAUUCCAGAAGACGUCUAUCAAUUCUUUUGUGAUAUUUCUUCAAGAGGUGAUAUCUUAGAAGUUGAGUGGAAAUCGUUGGUUAAAAGGUAUGGAGAGAAUUAUCCUGAGUUGGGUGCCGAUUUUGCUAGACGUGUAAAGGGUGAACUUCCUGAGGAUUGGGCUUCAUUAAUUCCUAAAGAGUUUCCAACUUCUGAUACUGCCUCUAGAGCUUCAAGUGGUAUGAUUAUUAAUCCAAUUUCUCUGGCAAUCAAUAGCUUGAUUGUUGGUACUGCUGAUCUUUCGCCGUCGGUUAACUUGGCAUACAAAGAUAAGUUGGAUUUUCAAAACCCAAGAAUUAAGACUACUUGUGGAAUCAAUGGAGACUAUUCUGGAAGAUAUAUUCAUUAUGGGGUGAGAGAGCAUGCAAUGGCUGCAAUCGCUAACGGUAUUGCAGCUUUCAAUCGAGGAACCUUCAUUCCUUGCACUUCUACUUUCUUAAUGUUUUACUUGUACGCUGCGCCAGCAGUUAGAUAUGGGGCCUUGUCGAAAUUGCAAGUUAUUCAUGUGGCAACGCAUGAUUCAAUUGGUAUUGGAGAAGAUGGUCCCACUCAUCAACCUAUUGCUUUGCCUGCAUUGUAUAGAGCAAUGCCGAAUCUCAACUACAUACGUCCAUGUGACUCACAAGAGGUAGCAGGGGCUUGGGAAGUUGCAAUCCGCUCCAAAGAAAUGCCAACUAUUAUUUCCUUGUCAAGACACAAGCUCACUCAAUUUCCUCAGAAUUCGAAGAGAGACCUUGUGGCCAAAGGUGCUUAUUCUUUUCACAAAGAAGAAGACUCAAUGUUGAACAUUAUUGGAGUUGGAUCAGAAAUGGUUUUCGCGGUUGAGUCAGCCAAGUUAUUGAAUGAUAGAGGAAUCAAAACUUCAGUCAUUUCGUUCCCAUCUCAGUACCUAUUCAACAAGCAGCCAUUGGAAUACAAGAGAUCAUUAUUGAAAAGAGGAAAAGUACCUACUGUCGUUAUCGAAGCUUACACUGCCAACGGAUGGGAGAGAUACGCUACUGCUGGUAUUAACAUGAAAACUUUCGGUAAAUCUCUACCAGGCCCAGACACCUACAGGUACUUCGGAUUCGAAUCACUGACCAUAGCUGACAAGAUCGAACAAUAUGUUGCAGAGUGGCAAACUGAUGACCAGAUUCGCCUUGAGUUCCAGGAUUUAAAUUAG